UACAUAUACCUCUUUAUUUUAUGAAUUCUUUCUUAUUUUUAAUGAUAAUUAAGAAUUAAGAAAUUGGUAUGAAUGAUGAGAAAGAGACAUGUAUGAGGAGGGGGCCAGGGGCCAGGGGGCAUUGAACUAACUUGAUACACACAUACACUAGUUUGAUCUGCCUUUAUAAAUAGGUGAUAUAGGAAUAAAUGCUUCUAGUUGUAGCUCAAACGUGGUGAUUGUAAGAGAUCCCCAAUUGAAACAAAAAACAAUUUGGUUCUUUGCAGAAACAAAUUAAACCUCUUCAGCUCUCCAACACUUUGCUGUUCCCUUCUUUUUUGUUUUCUUUCCUUCUUCUCUGAUACUAUCAUUAUUGUUUGGUUUUGGGAUCUUUUCCAGUUUCUGCUCCUUGGCUGCCAUAGUUUUUUGGGGCUCUAUUCAGCUUUAGGAGAAUACAGAAAGUAAGAGUUUUUCCUCAGAAGAAAGAUACCAUACAUACAUUUAACAAGGUUUGUAAAUAUCUUAAACUAGCAGAACCUAGUGCAGUGAAAUGGGUAGUGCUCCUUUAUCAAGCUGGCCAUGGGAAAAUUUUGGCUUAUUCAAGUAUGUGUUAUAUGGUCCAUUGGUGGGGAAGGUUGUGUAUGAAUGGUUGAAUGGUGUGGAACUCUACUCCAUGAUCAGCUGCUGGAGCCUUCACUUGCUCAUACUAUGGAUUCUAAGAGGAGGAGUUCAUGUUUUGUGGAGUUCUUAUAGUCACAUGCUUUUUCUCAAUCGAAAUCGAAGGAUCCUUCAACAAGGUGUGGAUUUCAAGCAGAUUGAUCUAGAAUGGGACUGGGACAACUUCUUGAUUCUUCAAGCACUAGUUGGGUCCAUGGCUUGCUAUGUGUUUCCAUUUCUUCAAGAUCUUCCAUUAUGGAAUAUGAAAGGUGUUGUUGCUGCUAUGAUUCUGCACGUGGGAGUCUCAGAGCCACUUUACUAUUGGAUGCAUAGAAAGUUUCAUGAACAUCACUUUCUUUUCACUCAUUACCACUCACUUCAUCAUUCAUCUCCUGUUCCGGGGCCAUUUACUGCUGGAAAUGCAACACUAUUGGAGCACCUUGUUUUGACGGUGGUGAUAGGAAUCCCUGUUUUAGGGGCAUCCAUAAUGGGAUAUGGAUCAGCAAGCUUGGUGUAUGGUUAUGUUUUGACUUUUGACUUUCUGAGGUGCUUAGGUCAUUGCAAUGUUGAAGUGGUCCCACAUGAGACUUUUGAAAGGUUUCCUCUCCUUAGAUACUUGAUUUUCACACCAACAUACCAUAGCCUGCACCACACUGAUAAGAACACCAAUUUCUGCCUCUUCAUGCCCCUCUUUGAUGCACUAGGCAAUACCCUUCACUCCAAUUCAUGGCAAUUACACAAAAGAUUAAGCUCAGGUUCAGGCAACAAUUGUAGGGUACCGGAUUUUGUUUUCUUGGCCCACAUAGUUGAUGUGAGUUCUUGUAUGCACAUUCAGUUCUAUCUUCGAUCCUUUGCUUCGUUGCCAUACAGAACAAGAUUCUUCUUGGUCCCAAGUUGGCCAUUCGCCUUGUUAGUUUUGCUAGCAAUGUGGGUUUGGUCCAAAACCUUUGUAGUUUCCUUCUACUACCUCAGAGAUCGCUUGCACCAAACAUGGGUUGUACCUAGAUGUGGCUUCAUGGUUAGUCUAAUAUAUACACAGAAUGAAUCACUAAAUGGCGGUGGAAAGCUUUUCGUGGAUAAGCAUCGAAAUCUCAGAGUUCGAGUUGUUCAUGGAAACACAUUAACUGCUGCUGUGAUCCUCCACGAAAUUCCCGAGCAUGUGGAUGAGGUGUUCCUCACUGGAGCCACUUCCAAGCUUGGAAGAGCAAUCGCACUCUACCUCUGCCGUAAGAAAGUCAGAGUUCUCAUGUUGACUCUGUCAACGGAUAGAUUUCACAAGAUUCAAAGGGAAGCACCUCUUGAAUAUCAAAGUUACCUUGUCCAAGUCACAAAAUACCAAGCGGCACAACACUGCAAGACGUGGAUUGUUGGCAAGUGGAUAUCGCCAAGAGAGCAAAGCUGGGCGCCACGUGGGACCCACUUUCAUCAAUUUGUGGUGCCACCAAUCUUGUCGUUUAGAAGAGAUUGCACUUACGGUGAUCUUGCAGCUAUGAGAUUACCACAAGACGUGCAAGGCCUAGGCUCCUGUGAGUACACUAUGGAAAGGGGAGUAGUGCAUGCAUGCCAUGCAGGAGGAGUGGUGCAUAGUCUUGAAGGAUGGACUCAUCAUGAGGUUGGCGCCAUUGAUGUUCACAGAAUCGAUCUUGUGUGGGAAGCUGCCCUCAAACAUGGACUACGCCCAGUAUCAUCACUCUAAUCAUCCAUCUCAUUUCUUUCUUAUUUAUCACAUCUUACACCUUAGAGUGGCCAUUUAAAUGUGAUUAAUUAAGUCCAUUCAUGUAAGGACCCCUCUUAAUGUAUGUUUCUUACUUCAUAGCUUACUUUAAUAUUCCAAACAUAUUUAAACAAUGUUAGACAGAUAUUAACUUUCUCUCAAAGUUUAAUUAUCAAAAUUACGUGCUAUAAUAAUAUUUCUUCUUACAUAAUA